GUACCCCAUCAUGGCCCAUGUAAACAAUUGCCUCUCGGAAGUUGUUAUACGCAUGCUCUGAAGUUGAAACAAUGGGUGGAAAGAGUACGACUGUUUUACUGACUGAGGUGACGUCCUAAUUCCUAAAGUGGCCAACCAUGGAAUCGUCAAGCUUUGCUUUUGAUGACCAUGGUUUUCCUCUUUUAAGAUGUACUUCAAAAUGCACUCAACUUGUUCUGUUCUUUGGCUGGUUAAACGCCACUCCACGAGCCAUACAGCGCUAUGCCGAUCUGUAUCACAGUUCUGACUACGAUUUUCUAUACAUUCCUGGCCAUGUGGCACAAUUUGUGUGGCCCGCCAACUCUUUAAAGCUAGCAAGGAGGUUGUUGGAAUAUGUGGAGAAACUCCCUGAGUAUCAAAACAUUCUAUGUCAUGCUAUUUCAAUUGGGGCAUACAAUUAUACCAGCUGCCUUAUGCUUCUUAAUGACAUUCCAAAUCAGUACAAUUCCUUCAAGGACCGUUUUCGAGGGGUAAUCUUUGACAGCCUGACCCUAGGCUCUACAGAGAAGAUGAAGAACGGAGUAAAACACGGACUGACACAAAAUCGAGUGGUCCAGUUUCUUAUCCCUCGACUAUUGUCACUUUAUUUUUGUUUGACAUAUAAUCACACUCUCAAAUUUUUCGAGACAGGAGUAAAACUUUUUGUUGAGUGUCCCUUGCAGAUGCCAACGUUGUUUGUGUACAGUCGGGACGACCCGAUGUGUGAUGCCGAGAAAUUGGACGCUAUCAUUAAAAAAUGGCGGGAAGAGUUUGAUUUUACUGUUUCAUUUGUAUGUUGGUCGAAAUCUAAACACGCAAUGCAUAUAAAAGAACAUAAAAAAGAUUACAUGGAAGCAUUCAUCGACUUUAUAAACUGUGUUAAACAACAAUCAAAUAAUUUAAAAUGCAAAUCUAACCUUUAAAGAGUAAAAAUUCUCUGCUCUUAAUUUUACAUUUUUAGCUCAACUGAGCCAAAGUCUCUUGUGAGCUUUUCUGAUCAAAUUUUAUAGGUUGUCUGUCGUCGUCGUCGUAAAUUUUUCACAUUUACUUCUUCUUCUCCAGAACCACUGGACCAAUUCCAGCCAAACUUGCCACAAAAUAUCCUUGUGUGAAGGGGAUUCAAGUUUGUUCACACGCCUUCUUUUAAGGGUAGAUAUUUCAGAAUUAUUGAAAAAUUUAAUGACGUCUUUAAAAUUCUUUUUCUCAAGAACCACUGGGCAAGAAAAAAUGAAAUUUAUUUGAAAGUUUCAUUUCAUUGUGGUCGCCCGCGUGGCGCAGUGGUUAGAGCGUUCGCUCUAGAGUC